CGUUCUAUUUUCCAAUAAAUCUUUCAGCUCUUUCCCACCCAACACAAAUAUUAUUUACACUUUCUUGUUCGCCGUGUCCUCUAUGUGGGAAAACAAAGCUGCAGACAUUUCUCUGCCAGUAGAAGAAAAUUUCUAUGAAGCCUGAAUUAUUAUUCAUCUCUCUCUUUACGCUACUGCAGGAUUUGAAUGCCUUGACUACUUCUUCUACUGCAAUUUACUCACAAGAAGACUGAUCAUACAUAUAUAUAUAUAUAUAUAUAUAUAUACUUUUUAUAGAGAGAGAGAGAGAGUAGAAACCAUUACUUAAGCCCUUCUCAGACAUCAGCUCUAGUUGUAUUCCAACAAUGUCGUUAAAUUUUAGCAGGUGGCUGCUUUUGUUGUUUGCCUUUCUAACCACUAAUUUUCUGCUUCUUUCUUCCACACCCUUUCCAUUUUCACUUGCAAAACACUCUUACUUUCCCACUACUUGUACGUUUCAAGCAUUAACAGGUGAAUCUUUGUCUUGGCCUUGGGGUACAAGAACCCAAAGGUUGCUCUAUGAUAAUUCAACUACUACUGAACCACAACGAGACCAAGUGGACUCAACUGAUCAUCUUGUAUUGGCUCCAAGGAGAACCUACAGAAAAGACCCUCUUAAUCAUUUCAAAAGGUACACCGGAGGCUGGAACAUCACCAAUCCCCAUUACUGGGCUUCAGUCAGUUACACUGCUGUUGCUUUUUUUGCUAUUGCGGCAAUCUGGUUUGCAGUUUUUGGGCUCUGCUUAUCUCUCGUCUGUCUCUGCCACUGUUGCUGUCCAAGGGAACCAUAUGGCUAUUCUCCAAUUGCUUAUGCUCUCUCUCUGCUUUUCCUCAUAUUCUUUAUGGUUGCUGCAAUCAUCGGAUGUGUUGUCUUAUACACUGGGCAAGAGAAAUUUCAUAGCAGUACCAUAAACACUUUGGAAUAUGUCGUCCAUCAGGCAGAUACCACAUCUGAGAAUCUAAGGAAUGUGUCUGAAUAUCUUUCUGCAGCCAAGCAAAUUAACAUUAGUCAAGUUUCUCUGCCUCCUAAUGUCCAAACAGACAUUGAUCAGAUUCAGACGACGAUAGACUCUUCAGCCACUACCCUUGCCACUAAAACGAGAGAUAAUUCAGAAGACAUCAAGCAUCUAAUAGAAUCAGUGAGAUUGGCUCUUAUCAUACUCUCUGCUGUUAUGCUUGGUCUCACAUUUCUUGGGUUCGUUUUUUCACUUUUUGGCAUGCAGCUUCUGGUGUACAUCUUGGUGAUUAGUGGAUGGAUUCUUGUGACUGCAACAUUCAUAUUGUGUGGCAUUUUUCUUCUUCUCCACAACGUGACGGGAGAUACUUGUGUAGCAAUGAACCAUUGGGUCCAAAAUCCAACAGCUCACACAGCUCUCGAUGAUAUAUUGCCUUGCGUGGAUAAAACCACUGCCCAAGAUACCUUGAACAGAAGCAAAGAAGUCACAUCCCAAUUAGUGAAUGUGAUCAAUACAGUCAUCAGUAAUGUGUCAAACAUCAAUUUUGCCCCAAACUUUGUGCCUUUGUACUACAAUCAAUCUGGUCCUCUUGUGCCAAGCCUAUGCAAUCCAUUUAAUCCUGACCUCACGGAUCGAGAGUGUGCACCUGGUGAAAUGGAUCUCAACAAUGCAACAGAGGUGUGGAGUGGCUAUGUCUGUCAAACAUCACCAAGUGGUAUCUGUGUGACGACGGGACGUCUGAAUCCGACUCUUUAUGAUCAAAUGGCUGCUACUAUAAAUGUGAGCUACGGCUUGUACCGAUAUGGUCCAUUCCUGGUUGAACUUGAAGAUUGCAGUUUUGUGCGGCAAACGUUCUUAGAAAUAGAAGCCACUUAUUGUCCUGGGCUAGGAAAAUAUAGCCAACGGGUUUAUGUUGGGCUGGUGAUGGUUGCUACUGCAGUUAUGCUGUCUCUAGUGUUUUGGGUGAUAUAUGGAAGAGAGAGGUGGCGCCGUCUCUAUACAAAAGACCAUACACCAGCAGGCGAAGAAGGCAAUAAGCAUGCUGAAUAAUUCUCUUUUCAACAUUUUCAUGUAUUUGCACCUUUUUGGGCAUUACAACACUUAUGUGGUAAUUGAUUAUGUGUUUUUUCUCCAUGAA